CUUUUCCACGAGGGAUACCAGCCAACACACACAGGAUCAUCAUCCCAGUACCAUGGGAAUGUCAACUUGAAAGAUGAGAGGAAUGCGCUAUUUACGAUUCAAAGGGAAAAAAGGGAGACGGUCCAUCCUCCCACCAGCGGUUACGACUUGGGCCAGAUACAGAUCCCCAAUAUGGGUGGGGAUGAGGGAGAGGAUUAUCGAGUCAUGGCUUUGAAGCCUAGGGAGAAGAAUGUUCCUAGGCCCUGGCAUGUACAUGAGUGGCCUCGCAUGCCACUGGCUGCUGAGCCAGUUCCAGAGGCAGCGCUCCGACCCGGACCCACUCCUCAUACUAGCGUCGGACCAGUGGAAACAAUUAGGAAGUCACAGCCUACUUACGAUAUUAGCAAUGGUCAGCACUCAGUGGCUAGUUCACCAAUGCCUUCAGCCCCUAGGAGUUCUGGGCAGAUUCAUUCGAGUCAGGGCCUUGUAGUGAUUCCAAGGCGACAAACGUACAGCAGCUGGCAGCAAAAUCAGCAGCAACAACAGCAGUAUCAAGUACUGAACCCACAAGAUUUGACGCGUAGCCGUCUUGAGGAUGAAGAUGGGAUGAGAACAAGUUUUCACGAGUGUAAGUCUAGCUCGAGUCAUAUGGGGCUGGUUACAAUUAAGUGGUCUGCAAGUUCUAUACUGGGCAGCAUACCUGCCAAAAACCAAUACGUUAAAGUGAUGGAGAUAUGCCAUAGGGCCGGAAUAAGUGAGCCAUCUGAGCAAGCACAAAUAAAUGAUUGGUACGAGGAACAUUCUAAUCUUUAUUGGAGCAUUCUUGUCGACGCAGUACUCGAGGCAACCUUCUUCGGUUUGGUUGAAAACAAGAUACAUUUUUAA